AUGACUGACAAAUUUGGCCCUUCUAUUGCUGUAAAACAGCAUGGUCUUUCGUUUAUCCCUUCUGCCCCACAAAAAUGGGAUGUCGAUAUUUUCAUCAGCGAGUUCCAAGUCGUCGUCACAUCAUUUACUCCAGAGACUAUUGAGUUUGAUAUGAUUAGUAUUGAUUGCACGUUUGCUAAUUCCAUUCGCCGGAUUCUUGUCUCUGAGGUGCCUUCAUUCGCCAUCGAUCGGGUGUAUUUAUAUCAAAAUACGUCUGUUAUUGCGGACGAGACAUUCUGUCACCGCUUAGGCUUAGUACCGUUAAAUGUGGACCCUGAUAAAAUGAGUUUUUGCUCAACUGAUUUGCCUGAUACCGACGACCUAAGUGGAUUCGAUCCGAAUAGUCAUCUGAUAUUCGAUUUGAACGUAAAGGCUGCAAGACCCUCCUCCGAAGGAAAUAGCGAUAGCCAACCCAAGGAAAGCUUUCAAUCUUUCCCUCUGUACAGUUCGAGCCUCACUUGGGUACCGUUACCUGGCCAAGAAGAUGCCUUUAAAAAUGAGGGUGCAAGUUAUCCUGCUCCUGUUAGUAGAAAAGUUCUGCUCAAUAAAUUGGGACCUGGUGACGAAAUAAUGGCCCGAUGUCUAGCCGUUAAAGGUGUGGGUCGUGACCACGCCAAGUUUUCUCCCGUUUCGGCCGCCUUCUACAAGCUUUUGCCGUCGAUCGAAAUUAAUGGAGUAGUGCGUGGUGAUCUUGCAAAAAAGUUGCAGAGAAGUUUUGCUAAAGGAGUUAUUGAUGUGGAUCCUCGAACACAAGUAGCAAGUGUGGCGGACGCACGGUUGGACAAUGGAUCUAGAGAGCACUUAAGACAUCCGGACUUGGCCAGCAUAGUGCACGUCUUCCUCAAUCCACGCCACUUCAUUUUUACAGUGGAAAGCAUUGCUCCCGGUUAUCGUCCACCAGAUACGCUUGUCAAAUCUGCCAUCGAUGUGAUGCUUUCGAAAUGUGCGCACUAUCUUACCAUUGUGGGAAAGCCGGGCUUUGCUGCUAGUCCACUGAGUGAUCCGAAUGUGGAGAUUGGCGGGGGAGAAUUACCCGGUGAGGAAGCCGCGAAAACUUCACUAAAUGGGCGCGCAGUCGGCCUAGAUGUCGCUUUUGUCUCGAAUGAUUUGCGCAGGGCGACCUUCCGUUUCACGGGGGAAGAUCACACUCUCGGGGCUCCUCUUCGCUACUGCAUUCUCCGUAGUGAGGCAGUGAAGCUUUGUGGAUACUGCCAGCCUCAUCCGUUGGAGGACUCGAUAACUUUCGAAAUUCAGAGCCGAGACGAAAUGGCAGUGACUAUUCUCCGAAAUGGCUUAUACUGCCUUCGUGCAUGUUUUGAACACAUCAAACGUAAAUUCAAAUCAGCAAUGAAAAAGGCGCAGAAGCAGGCUUCCAAAUCUACACCUGACUGA